GCUGGGUUCCCCCCCCGCGUGUCACAAACACCCUGCGCGGGGCCCGCACCAAGGGCUCCUGCCCGGGCCGCUGCACACGGAGAGGCGGCUCCGAGCCGGGGCUGGGGAGGAGACGCCCCUCCGUGUGCAGCAGCCCGGGCAGGGGCGCUUGGUGUUUGCACACGGGCCAUGGCCGGGGCCGGGAGCGCAGCGCGGAGGCUGCUCCAGCCCGGCAGCCCGCGGGGCAGCGCGGAGCCCCCACGAGAGCGUCGGGCCCCUCUGGAAAAAGAGGGAGAAGCAGCCAAAGCCGAGGAGCAGCAGCAAAGCGAGGAGCUGCUGAAACAGACAGAAGCCGAGAGGCAGAAGAUGGUCUGGGAGUGGCAGGAGCUGCGAGGGUUUCUGGAGGAGCAGGAGCAGCGGCUGCUGUCCCAGCUGGAAGAGCUAGAGAGAGCCAUUGUCCAGAGAAGGGAUGAGCGCAUCUGCAGACUGUCCUGGGAGAUUUCCCUGCUCAGUGAGCGGGGAGGAGAGAAGGGGCAGCAGUUGCUGAGCCAGCCCCUGCAGGGUGCUGGGAGCACUGGGAGUAGCAGGGAGGAUGAGACAUUUUGGAAGCCGGAGCCGGGGUUUGUGGAGCUGGAGAAGAGACUCAGCGAUUUCUCUCUGAAAAGCGCCCACCUGCAGGAAGUGCUGCUGGGAUUCAAAGAGAUGCUGCGACUGGAGCUGGGGAGCAACACAGGCUGCAGAAUAACACCCCCUUUUAGCUCCAGAUUGCCCCAUCCUCCAAGGAGACGGGGAAGGGAAAUGGCUGCAGAAGAGCAGGCUCAGGGGCCGGUGACCUUCGAGGAGGUGGCUGUGUAUUUCACCAGGGAAGAGUGGGCUCUGCUAGACCCCGCUCAGAGAGCCCUCUGCAGAGACGUCAUGCAGGAGAACUAUGAGAAUGUGACCUCGCUGGAGUUUCCUGUUUUCAAAGUUGAUGUGAUCUCCCAGCUGGAACAAGGAGAAAAGCCAGGGGUGCCAGAAGUCCAGGGCUCAUAUGAAAGAGAGAUCUGGAGGGAUGCCUGCCCAGCAGGUGCUGGGAUGUUGAGUGAGAACGAGGAGCAGAAUCCUCAGCAGCAAGAUGCUGGUCAAGUGGAGCCACAUGCAGGAUUAUCACAAAGAUCCGAAGGGCAUGUGUCCAGGCGUCAUGUGGAGGGAAAAGCCUGUGAGAGCGAGCCCAGGCCAGAGAGCGAGCAGGGAAACAAGACAGGGGAGAAAAUGAGUAAAUCCAUUAAUUAUCAGGAAACUCAGAAGGAAACCACAGCCCAGAAGCGAAUCCUCGCAGGAGAGCGAAACAACACGUGCACUGAGUGUGGGAAAAAUUUCAGUAGCCGCUCACACUUUAUAGAACAUCAGAGAAUCCACACAGGGGAGAGACCUUACACGUGUUGUGAGUGCGGGAAAAGCUUCACUCGGAGCUCAACCCUCGUUCGGCAUGAGAGGGUCCACACAGGAGAGAGACCCUAUGAAUGUUGUGACUGUGGGAAAACCUUCAGUCAGAGCUCAUCCCUUAUUGCGCAUCAGAGGACGCAUACGGGAGAGAGACCCUACGAAUGCCGUGAGUGCAGGAAAAGCUUUGCUCGGAUCUCAACCCUUGUUACGCAUCAGAGCACUCACACAGGAGAGAGACCCUAUGAAUGCUGUGAGUGCGGGAAAAGCUUCAGUCAGAGCUCAUCCCUUAUUGCGCAUCAGAGGAUCCACACAGGAGAGAGGCCCUACGAGUGCCGUGAGUGCAGGAAAAGCUUCAGUAGCCACUCAGGGCUUUUCGACCACAAGAGAAUCCACAUGGGGGAGAGACCCUAUGAAUGCUGGGAGUGCGGGAAAACCUUCACUCGGCGCUCACACCUUAUCACACAUCAGAGAAUCCACACGGGCGAGCGCCCCUAUGAAUGCCGUGAGUGCGGGAAAAACUUCUCUCAGGUCUCAGCCCUUAUUAGACAUCAAAGAAUCCACACAGGAGAGAGACCCUAUGGAUGCUGUGAGUGUGGGAAAAACUUCUCUCAGAGCUCAGCCCUUACUGCACAUCAGAGAAUCCACACAGGAGAGAUCCCCUAGAGAUGCUCCUUGUGGGAAAAGCUUCCGUCAGAGCUCAGCCUUUACUUAUCAUCAGAGAAUACACAAAGGAGAUAAACACCAUAAAAACCUUAUCUAGAGCUGAUCAAACAAAAUUCCUUAAUACUUUUUCUAAUUUCCACAUAGUGGCCUUUCAGGCUGUUUGAAUCAUUUACAUCACCAUGGUCUCUCCAAUCUACCUAGUGAGCUGCCUGCUUGGGCCUCUUUUUGCCUCUUGAGCUCCCUUCAUUUCCUACAAAUCCAUGACUUUAUGUGGAAGUUAUGUCCAAGCACAAGAUGGUUUGGGGAGGAAAUUAUUAAAGCGAUUCCUCUAAUAACACAAUGAUGGCUUCCUAGCGAUACUCUCAGCUGCUCACUUAAUGCUGCAGCAAAGGAUCUGCCAUUUAAACAGAAUGCCAGAUGAAUUCAUCUUUAUUGCUUUCAGUUAGACUUUGCAUUGAACUUUCUUGGAAAAAUGUGACCCGCUUUCUCCUAUGAAAUUGAGUAUAUAAAAAUAUGGACUGUUCUUUUAGUGGAAAACUUUGAUAUCAACUACAUAAGCAAGAGAAGUGCCAAAAGGAGGAUAGCUAUUUAGCAAUUUUGUCAUAUAUUCUCUUGGACUCAGAGGAGGAGGUGUCCCUAGCCAGCAAGCCACAAUCUUUAGCCAGGGUCUUGAAAUGUUACCCUGGUCCUGAAUAAGUAACGUACAAUGUAGUAUGUUAACAUUUUAUUGUAACUUUGUCAGAAUAAAAAGUUUUAAAAAAUAAAUAAAAGCGAU